AAAGUGGAAAGCAAAGCAGUUAAGCAGCAGCAGCAGCAACAGGAGGAGUUCAUCUCUCUCUCCCCUUUUCUCCCUCUCUCUCUCUUUUUUCUUUUUUCUCAGUCGACGACUAUCUUUGUCUGCAGGGCUGAGACUGAAAACUUAAUUGGAUCCCUGCAGGCGCUCCUUUUCCCUUUUAAAACUCGGAUUUUCUCGCCGUCUCCUUCUACACCUGCCUUGCCAAGCUGCAGCGCUCCUGAUUGGGCGCGGCUGGGCUCCGUGCCCAAAUCUCUGUUUUGACUUGCCUGGGAAACUUGAGCAAAAAGGCACAAAAGGACGGAGGACCGUAUAGUAACAUCCCUGCGCGUCCGUCAGCUUCGCGCAGAUUGUUCCUGCAGUCGGUGCGUCCAGAGAGGAGUUUGACUGAUAACUUGUUCGAGGUUGGCUGAAGGGCCAAACAGCUGACAGUGAAAUCCACGUGACUGUGGCCAAUAUUUUAUCAUCGUCUCAGCAGAUAAGAUGGGAUGGACGAGUUAACAAGGCAGAUGGACAUCUCGGGAGAAAAGGUUGUGACAGAAACCAUAACCUCCACAACCAGGCUGACUUCCCUCCCACCCAAGGGAACCAGCGGAUCAAAUCACAGGAAUAUGUCCAGCGGUGUCGGAGGGCUGGGCUUGGAGAAAAAUGUCUUUACCCAGAGCAGCAACGGAACCUACUUCUCUUCAACCUCCGUAGGCGUGAACACCGGUAGCUACAGCUCCUCCUCGGGUAUCUACAUCGGAGGAGACUCCUCAGGUGGAGGCGAAGGAGGGAGCUACAUCGAUGGAGAAGAGUACGGGAGUGGAGGAGGAGGAGCGGGGAGCUGCGAGAGCACCAGCUACCUUUUGGGCUCAGGAGGAGGAGGAGGAGGAGGUGGAGGAGGUGGUGGGAGCAGCAGUUAUCUUGUGAGCUCUGUAGGAGGAGGAGGAGGAGGAGGCGGGGGGAGCAGCAGCAGCAGUUAUCACGUGAGCUCUGUGUCAAAGGUCAGGUCCAGCUCGUCCGGGGGUACCAGGAGAACCCAGACUGCUGGCUCAUCAGGAGGACUGUCGCCAGGUUUCCGAGAGAGGAAGAUCAUAUCCAGCCGCUCAGGAGGUUAUGACGGAAGUUCCAGCGCUAACUCCUCUCCAGAACUAACACGCAAAGACUAUGGAAACUAUUGCUCCAGUGCCACACGAGGGAGGAGCGAAAGCAGAGAGAGCGAGAUCCGAGCCAGGCUCCAAAGUGCCUCCCCCUCUGCCUCCAGAUGGGCAGAGCUGGAGGACGUGAAGAAGCUGCUGAAGGGACGCUCCAGCAGCGUCAGCCCGACCCGCUCCUCCAGCGCCUCCAUCACCCUGCCCGUUCCCAAAAAGUCAGGCGUGGAGGCCAAAACCGUCUCAGUGGCCACUCAGUCAGUUGCAACUUCAUUUGGCCCUGGUGUGAGAUCAAACGGGUUCAACACCAUCGACCUGUCGGGCCUGUAUGAAACCACCCUGACUUCUGCGCACAUUGAUACCGGCUCCAAAACGAGCCAGUAUGAUAUCAGCCUGCAAUCAGGCCAGUAUAAUACUGGCACGAGGUCGGGACAAUAUGAUAUGAGUCUCAAAUCAGGGCAGUAUGAUACUGGCAUCAAAUCAAGCCAGUACGAUAUGAGUCUGAAGUCAGGUCACUAUGAUACUGGUGUGAAGUCAGUCCAGUAUGACACCGGCCUGAGAUCAGGUCAGUAUGACACGCUGGACUCCACACUCCCCACCUUCUCAUGGUCCACCUCCACGCUGCCGUCUGCCUCCGCCACGGUCAUCGCUGGCAACACCAGCAGCUACGCCUACCAGUCCGGACAGUCCGGACAGGUCGGCCAGAUCAGCACCAACAACAUGUCGGGGGGCGCCUCGCCGCUCGGCACCACCCUGCCGUCAUCCCUGUCAGUUUACGGCUUUCAGAAUAACCUGGCCCCCACCUCUGGCAGCGUGCUCACCACCAGCGGAGCCAAUGUGAACGCCAACGUUGGAGGAUACGGCGUUCAGAAGAACGUGUCAAACGGCGUCGGCGUCAUCAGCACCGGAGUCUCAACAACCAGCAGAUCCCAAACUGAUGAUUCCUAUAAGAAAGACUACAAGUUCAUGGCGUCCGAUAAAGAGAACUUUUCAGGCAAGAGGGACGCAGAAAUGCUCAUCCUGACCAAAGACAGCGGCAAGCACUUCACCAGCGGCAGCGCUCACGUGGGAGGAGGGUCGCUGUCGGGAGAUUCAAUAAAGAAGGAGAAGUUUAUUUCCAGCUUCAGCGACACAGUUCCACUGAAGACAGAGAGCGGCAACUCUUACUAUGGAUCCUCUGGAGUUGUGAUGAAAGACAAGUCUACCUAUGCAGAGAUCCACAGGGACAGUGGCAUCUUCGGAGGCGGAGGAUUCUGCUGCUGCUCCGACGCUUGUUGCUCCUGGUGGAAGUGGCUCCUCGGCCUCCUGCUCCUCUCCCUGCUCCUCCUGGGACUCCUGUUUGGCCUCAUCGCUCUGGCUGAGGACGUGAGAAAGCUGAAGAGUCGAGUGGCAAAGCUGGAGAGCCCGUACUCUGCCAGCGCUUUCAAGCACUCCGGUGACCGCAAUGACAUCAACUACAUAAACGGCAAAGGGGGAGCUGGCGAUGGCAGCACGGUGCUCGCUGGAGGUGGAGGAACAGGCUCGGUUGGGGUUGUUGGCGUUGGUGGCGGCGGUGGCUCCACGGGUGGCGGCAAUGAAGUAGCCAGUGCUGCUGGUACCAGUGGUGGAGGAGGUGGUUCCACCUCUACUGGUACCGGACAAGGUGGAGGAGUCGGUACCGGACUAGGUGGAGGAGUCGGUACCGGACUAGGUGGAGGUGGUGGUGAUACCGGACACGGUGGAGGACUCGGAAUGGGACAGAGUGGAAGUGUUGUUACUAGCGCCAGUGGGACGGGAUACAUAGAUGCCACAACUCUUCACAUGACCGUCCAGAACAUGUUAAGAACUGAAAUGCAGUCACAGUCAUUUAGAGCUUUCCUAGCCUCCUCGGUGCAGGGCGAGAGAGGAUUACCUGGACCUAAAGGGGACACUGGAUCUAAAGGAGAUUCUGGCUUCCCUGGUAUUCCAGGUCCUCCAGGUGCCAUGGGUCAUGCGGGCCCAGAGGGUCAAAAAGGACAGAAGGGAAGCCAAGGUGACCACGGAGCAGAGGGGCCACCGGGUAUCAGAGGUCGUGAGGGCCUCCCCGGCCCCAGAGGGGAUCCAGGACCUUCAGGUUUUGGACAGAAAGGUGACAAAGGUGCUCAUGGAGAUCCUGGGGUUCCUGGAUCCGUGGGACCCGUCGGUGCUCCCGGACAGAAAGGUGCACAAGGGCUCCCCGGACUUUCUGGGCCUCCAGGUCAGCCAGGCUCUCAGGGUUUCCGUGGCGAGGCAGGACCACCUGGGCCUAAAGGUGACAGAGGAGACACUGGAUUUCAAGGACUCAAAGGUGAAUCUGGUGAUAAAGGUCUCAGAGGUCUUCAAGGUGAACCCGGAUUACCAGGUCUGCCUGGGCUCAACGGAGAGAAAGGCUCCAAAGGAUCAAUGGGACUUUCUGGACCAGAUGGCGCAAAAGGAUCAAGGGGUGAACAAGGACCUGCCGGACCACCUGGACUCAGAGGUCCUGCCGGGCCUCCUGGGGAUGCUGGACUUCCAGGAACACCAGGGCUUCAAGGACCACCAGGGAUACCAGGGAAUCCAGGACGACCUGGAGCCAAAGGUGAUGUCGGUGAGGCAGGACGAAUUAUCAAUGCAGCUGGUUCCACUUCUAUUGGAAUCCCAGGACCACCUGGGCCUGCUGGUCCUCCCGGCCCUGCAGGACCUCCAGGAUUAUCAGGUCCCAUUGGUCCUGCUGGUCUGCCUGGCCAAUCUGGUCCUAAAGGUGACAGAGGAUUGAAGGGUGACCAGGGAGAACCAGGAAUCACAGUGAGAACCACUGAGAGUGUAUCGUCCACAAGAACAGGCAGUCAGUUUGGUGCGCACGGAGCCUCAGUUAUUUCUGGUCCACCUGGUCCACCGGGUCCACCUGGAGUUCCUGGACGUCCAGGAGAUUCAAGACAAGGACCUCCAGGACCACCUGGGCCUCCAGGCCAGCCAGGUUAUGGAAGACAAGGACCUAAAGGAGAUAAAGGAGACUCUGGCUUUGGAUCCAGCUCUGGAACAUUUUACCCUGGACCUCCAGGACCGCCUGGACCUUCUGGGCCUAAAGGAGCAACAGGUUCUCCUGGUCCAAGAGGAUACCAGGGUGAACCAGGCCAGCCCGGUGCACCAGGAAGACCAGGGAGCUCUGAGAGAGUGUCUUACAGUGGAGGAGUUGGGGUCGUUGGUCCACCAGGUCCACCAGGGCCUCCUGGAUAUCCAGGACCACCAGGAGUCAAAGGGGACACGGGAGCUCCUGGUGCCCCAGGCAUUUCAAGAGGCUCAGUCUCAGUCACCUCAGGUCCUCCUGGUCCCCCUGGUCUUCCUGGCCCUCCUGGGCAGCCGGGCUCAUUCAGUUCUUCUAGUGAGAUGCGGCAGUACAUCACUGAGUAUAUGAACAGAGUCAGACAAGGGCCUCCAGGUCCACCUGGGCCACCAGGAAUCCCAGGAACCUUCUCAGGCUCCAUGGAGGACAUCUCUGCUCGUAUCAUUGCCUACAUGCAGCGCUCAGAUUCAGGCAUCAACUUUGGUGUUCGGGGUCCUCCAGGACCACCAGGUCCUCCUGGCUCUGGAUCCCUGACUGUCAAUGCUCUCAUCACCAUGCUUCAGAGAGAUGAUGUGAGGAGAUAUAUGUCAGGACCACCAGGUCCACAAGGGCCGCCGGGCCCACCCGGGACAUCAGGACUUUCAGGCACUUACAGAAUAGAAGAGAUCGCCACUUAUGUCUUCAAUAUCAUGAAUGAACGAGGGAUUGCUAGAGGUCCCCCUGGGCAGCGUGGUCCUCCUGGGCUUCCUGGUCCUCCUGGCGCUGGAUCUGCAUCCGGCUUUUCUACGGCAACAAUUGACUAUUCUGCACUAAUGAGAAAUUCAGAAUUCCGCUCCUGGUUAAGUUCUGCAGUACAGCACGGUCCUCCUGGUCCUCCUGGUAUCCCAGGGCAACCUGGCCCUCCUGGUCCACAGGGGCCCCCAGGAGCCUCCUCUGCCACGGUGUUUGGAGCAGGAGGUCGUGGCUACAGCUUGGAGGACAUUCAGCGUUACCUUCAGGGUUCUGGCUUCAGAGGACUCCCCGGUCCUCCUGGUCCACCGGGCCCACAGGGUCCACCUGGCAGUUACUCUGGAUCAGUCUCCUACAGUGGAAACUUCCCUCGUGAGAGCAUCCGUGCUGAAGUUCAGCAGUAUAUGUCCAGUGACAGUGUUCGUCGUGCCAUUGUCGGACCUCCGGGGCCUCCAGGUCCGAGGGGUGAGAAGGGUGAACGUGGAGAGCCGGGUUACAUCCAGGGCUACGUACAGAGCCAGAGCUUGUCUCAGGGAAGCUCCGGCCAUGGGUCUGAGGGCAGAGGGCAGAUUGACGUCAGCAAGAUGACAGAGACACUUGACUACUCCAGCGUCGCCAUGAAAGUUUCAGACUACAUCAAGAAUCAAGGCCUGCUGCGGGACUACCUGGGUCAGAGUUCUUGGAGCGCCAGCGUACGAGCCGUUCAAGGCCCCCCUGGUCUGCCUGGGCCUCCCGGACCCCCCGGUAUCAGUCGCGUCUUCGCGUCCUACGGCAACAUCACAGCAGACCUCAUGGACUUCUUCAGGACGUACGGCACCAUCCCUGGUCCUCCUGGAAUCUCUGGACCAAAGGGAGAGAGAGGGUACCCAGGACCCAAAGGAGACAAGGGUGAUCCUGGACGUCCAGGUUUGCCGGGAAUACCAGGAACAUACCAACUCCAUAUUCCACACAAAGUGCAGAAGAGGGAAGCGGGCAGUAAACUGGCCGCCCGUCGUCAUCGCCGUCAAGCGGGCAGCGGCUAAUCAUACUACUGGAUCGUGUCAGAUUUCACUUGUAGUUGUCUUUUUUUAUUUUUACUUUUUAGGUCUUCAACUGUACCAAUGCAAGUAGUCAAAAGUGCUCUUUAUUGUUGCCAUUUUCUGGGAAAGUCAGAAAAUAAAAGCAGCCACAAAAACGCACCAGUCUGCUUCAAACUGCUUGAGUAGAGGAAGGGAUUUACCGCUGGUCAGUGUUAUUGUGACACCGACUUUUUUUUUUUCUUAUUUUGGAAUUUUUUUUUAUUUUGGGUGUAUAUUGUUUACUUUGCUUAUUUAGACGCUCGCAUUCUUUGUUAUUUUUUUCCAGGGGCAGCUUUGUUUAAGAGGAUAUAUAUAUUUUAAGCAAUAACAAGCAAUCUCUGGUAUUUUAAAGAGCACUUUGCAUCCUUUUUAUUUCCACUCGUGUCUGGUGUACUUUUUUUGUAUUUGUUGAGGAUUAUACUGUAUCGAGGACUAUGCAAGUGUUAUAUGUGUCUAUUAUCCAUUAAACCCACAGAAAGAACAAAACGAUUUAGUCUUUAAAUACAUAAAACUAUGCUUCAUUUAUCUGACAGUCUCAGCUAGAGGGAGGGAUAUUUUCAGAUGAGGGUUACAGGCAGCGUUACUACAGAGGCGACUGAUUGUUAAUUGAGAGGUUUGUUGGUGAAAAGAGACGUUUGUUUGCAUGGAUGACAGAGUCGGAUGAUCGAUAAGAAGUGACUGAUCGGAUUCUGUAUUUUUGUGUAAAAGCGCACUGAAUUUGAUAUAUUUGCUUUGAAUUGUUUUUAAUUAAAUUAUAAAAUGUUCCCAGGUUAUGUUUGACAUGACUGAACCUAUUGACAUCUGAUCAAUAACUGAGGAAAUAAAUCUAUUUUUGGACUUGUGA